AUGGAAGAAGAGUAUUUAGAAGAGGAAAUAAGGAGCGAGGGUGAAACGGAAAUAGAAGGAACGUCGGAAUUUAUCGUAAUUGACGAAAACAUAGGAGAACCGGAAUAUUUGGAAGAAGGAGACGAAAUACAAGUGGCGGAAGACGAACAAGAACAGGAACAAGAACAACAGCAUGAUGCCGCCGUGGAAGAAGAAACGAUCGCGGAAGUCGAAGAAGAAGAAAUCGAAUUGCCGGAUGUGCUCACGGUCGGACAGGAAACGUUUACGUAUUCGCCCGAAGUGAAAUACAUAUACGCGGAAGCCGUGAACGAAAACAAUGAGAUAAUUAUCGGUGAAGUGCCGAAAUUCAGUUGCAAAUUUUGUGAUGCGUCUUUCAAAAGGUUGGAUUCUUUGUACAAACACCACAGCGUGCACAAGGGUAAAACCGUUUGUCCCGUUUGUAACGCCGUUUUCAGUCGCGUGGCUCACAGAACUCGUCACAUGCGUUUAAAACAUCCCGACGUCGAAGUCAUAAUGACGAGGAAACGGAGUCACGUGAAAGAUGGAAAAGAUGUUAAAUUGGAAACAACGGUUCAAACGAGCGAUGCGUUCAACAUUUUGACCUCCAUUCCUGGGCACGUUUGCUCAGAAUGCGGCGUCAGCUACAAAUCGUAUUCGUCAUUGUAUAGCCACAUGCAACUUCAUCGGGACAUGACGGUGUGUUACCUCUGUCGGAAAGUAUUCAAUCGUAUAUACGAUUUACGAAGACACCAGAGAAACGUGCACAAAAUGAACAACGCGGGAAUUCUCAAUCGUAUCCUGAGCAACAACAAACAACCGACGGCGAAACACGAUCAAAUGAACGAUCGACUUCGGGUUUUGCCGCUUUUUUUCGAACCGAAAGUGACUUUAACGAUACCGAAAUCAAAGAAAAAAUUAUUGAAAUGUAUAAAAUGUUCGAGAGAAUUCAAUCAUCGGGAAUCUCUGGAAGCUCACAGUCGCGUACACGAAAACGAAAUAGAAUGUCACAUUUGCGGAGGAAUAUUCAGUUCGGAUUAUGCCGUCAUUUGUCACCUUCAAUUUGCUCACAAAGAUAAAGAAUGA